CAGUUUCAUAAUACAACCCUUAAAGUCACUUUAGUUAAAGUCCACUUUAAGUUAAAGUCCACUUUAAAUUCAAAUAGGUUUCAUAAUCAAUUGGCCUGGUUACUUUAACUAAAGUGAAAAUUGCCUAUCAAAUUUAUUUUGGUACCACUGAAAUACACGAUCUGGCUGUCAAAAACGUCUAUUUGUGAGGUUAGAUCGUUUUAUCGAUUAUUUGUGUAGCGUCUUGGCGUCAAUUUUCUAUCGUUUUUCCGUUAUAAUAUACAUACCUCCGAAAUCAAAUUUAAAAUAUUUAAAAUGAAAAGGGCAAGAACAACAAAUUUUUCAGCAGAAGAAGAGCUUCUUUUAGUGGAAGAGAUUAAAAAACAUGGCGCUAUUGAGAAUAAAACGACUAAUAAAUUCUCACACAGAGAAAGGGAGCAAGCGUGGGAGCAAGUACUCCUGAGCUACAAUGCAAAAUCAAGCCGACCUAGGGAAAUGGAACAAAUCAAAUCCAAAUUUGACAACCUGAAAACAAAAGCGAGGAAGCAUGCUAAUGAAAAAAAAAAUAAUUUGACAGGUACCGGGGGAGGCCCAGCUGUUCUGAAAACAGAUGAUCCAGUGUUAACAGUGGUACUGGAGAUAUUAAAUCCAAAAUCCGUAGUGGGUUACACCCCUUUAACGGAUUCAGAUUGUGACAACGUUUGUACGCUGCCUCUCAUUGAGAAUGAAGGUAUAAAUAAUGAUGGCAACAUUGAGGAAUCUAUAGAAUUAUUACAACCAGUUGAAAUUGAAGUGAUACAGCCAUCCUCUUCAAAUUGUGAAGCUACAACUAGCUACAGUAGACUACAGCUGGCUACAGAAGCUACAGCUAGCUACAUUGUUGUGGAUGAAAAAAUGGAAACUGGAAUUAAAAAAAGAGACUGGAGUAAUUAUACUCCAAAGAAAUUAAAAGAGCCUGUCAACAAGAAAUUGAGGCGAACCAUUCCUAAUACAACAUUACAAGCAAAAGAAGAGUAUUAUAAAAAAAAAAUUGAAUUUCUGCAUGUCCAGGAAGAAGAGUUCGAAAGAACACAAGUUCGAAACUCUGAAAAACAUGUGAAAGAAAUGGAAUUGUUAAAUUUAGAAAUAGAGCUAAAAAAACAGUUGUUACAUAAACAAAAAGACUUAGAAUAAAUGUUGUUUUAAAUAAA